AUGGAGGAUCCAUGGGGUUCUCCUUGGACCAACGAUGCACCCCCGACGAUAGAUCUUCCCGCGCCGCCGCCGACUGCGCAUUUCACUACGGACCACUCGGUUAGCUCGCAACGCGCUUCUCCUGCUCUUACACCAUGGAACGAAGACGAUGAUGCUUGGGGCGGUUGGGCUGAGGCGGGUAAAGAUGGUAGUCCGCGCUGGGGAAGAAGUCCUGGCUUGCGGCCUAUAGGGGGUAGUCCUUCUGGUUCAAGGUUACCGUCGCCUUCGCCGGAUCCAUGGGGUCGACGACCGUCAAUGCUUGACAUAGCACGUUCGAAGAAGGAGGAUAAUGGAGAUUCUGCGAUUAGUCUUAGUGAUGGACUACGGCCGAUCAUGGGGAGGGUUGCGACGAGGUCGCCAUCUCUGCGCUCACUUAAGGAGAAUGCGGCAGAUAUAUGGCAACAACAUGAACCGGCUCCUUCUAACAGGAGCGUCAGUCCUUUGCCGAGCGACGAUGGAGGACGACCGGGCUCACCGGAUGGAGCACCAAGGCCUGCUCUACAGCAUGAGACGAGAGCAGCUCCUUCACGACAACCCUCUAAUAAGGUUUCUGAAUUGGUGGAAAUGUUCGAUGAUAUUCACAAGAGAAGCCAUAGUACUUCGCCUGUUGACCCGUCUAUGCGCAAGGUUUCGGAAAAUGCGUCUGUUGGCGAUGUUACGUCUGAGCCGAGAACCAAUGGGUUCGAGGAGACCGUGGAAGAUUUGCAGGCGGAGAAUGAUCCUGAUUCGGAGAUGGCAGUUGAUUUAAAACCAGAAGAGGAGCCCGAACCCAAGGUAUUUGAACCAGAGGUCAAGGUGGAAUUAAAACCCGAACCAGAGCCAGAGUCGGAGACGAGAGCUGAGGUUACCCCUGAAAGCCCCUCGGAAGACGAAAAGGAAACGACGGAAGAAGAGACGAAGGCGUUGCCUAAGGAAGGCGUCCAAGCAGAAUCGGACUCGUGGUCGGACUUUGAAUCUCCUACUCAAGAUGCUGCCCAGAACGGUACCCAAGAAUCGGAACCAGAAGCUACUAAGGAACAGCUGCGUGUGUCGGAAACGCCAACCACAAAAGAAACACCCGCGGAACCAGCAAUACCACCACCAAAACCACCUUCGGAACCCUUUGAGAUUGACAUGACCAAACUCGGCGAUCUCUUCCCAUCGGUCGACAUCGCCUUCCCAGCACCAGAACCAGUCCCUGAUGUCAUUAUUGACGACUGCUUUACUUGCAUCUCUGAGCGAAAAGCUUGGUAUCUUAUGUCAAGGCCUGGUUCGAUGCGAAAACAUAACCUGGGAGAUGAUGAAAACUACGUACGGAUUGGAUGGGGUAAUUCAACUGUUCGUGAACAAUCCAUAAGAAUCGUGAGACGAUGGAUGGAAGAGGACUCUAUUACAGGACGUGUGGUUCUUGGUCGACGAGGUGGUGCUGCGGGUGCCAAGAUCUUCAAUUGGGAUUCAGCGGCUCCGUCUACCGAGUUCUCAAUUUCUGAGCUUUUGGCACGCAAGAACCAUUCGAGACAGACCUCGGUGGCUUCCAAGGGUACAGUCGCAUCUCCUACGGCGGCAACGUUUGGAUGGGGCAGUGCACCGCUUCCCUCGCCUACUGCUGCACCUCCAUCUGCACCUCGCACUUCGAAUAUCAGUGAGCCUGAACCAGCUUCAACUGCUGAAUCAUCUCCUGUCGAAGCUACCAAGACAUCUCCUGUUUCGAAGACAAGGCCACCUCCCCUGGAAUCUCCCCCAAAACCCCAAAUCACCGAAGAACCCCCUUCACCUAUCAAGCCAACACCACUUAAACCUACAAACCGGCCUGCAACUAUAACUCAACCACUACCCUUCCCUGCAUCCCCAACAAUCUCGGAGCCUCAGUCUCCCAUUCACUCCACCGCGCUCUUGUCAACAAACCGACCAGUAUCAAUCUCACAAGCGCCAACAUCCCCCUUAGCGCAGCCUCCAACAAAUGCAGGAUGGAGUGAUGAUGACGAUGAUGAUGAUUGGGGAGACAUGGUUUCCUCACCUACAGUGGAAACAAAUGGCGAGUUUGCUUCGAUGAAUGCGAUUGUUGACGACAACGAAGCCAACGACAAAGAUGGUACUAGCAAAUCUUUGAUUGCAGGACAGUCGCCUAUGGUUGAUUCUUUCAAGGAUGAGCCUGAUGUGAAAGCACAAAGCAACGGCCGACCUUCCAUGGAUACUUUGGCUGUGCCAUCGCCAGGGUUUGCGCCCAACAAUUUCCGAUGGCCCGCCAACAAUGUCAAAUCGCCACUGUCAAAUAUCAAGGCCUCAAGUCACGCCAGGUCCACGACAAUCGAUCUGCUCACAUCUACUAGGAAGGAUUCAAUUCCUGGCCACACGCGAUCAACAACAAUCGAUUUGGGCACACCCCAUUCACCCCUGAAUGGUUUUGCCUCUGCAAACCUGACACCCACCCAGACGAAUUCCCCUAUCGAAGCGAACAAAGUAAACACAUGGGACUCUUGGGGUCUAGGACUGAUUGAUGAUUCCAACAAACCAGUCAGUCCAGAGAAGGACAACAUGGCAAGCCAAUCGCUAGAAACAUUAACAACACCCCUCGACAUACUAAAGGGCAACUCCACACCUAAGAAACCACGACCAAUGUCACUACCUGUUCCUCCCCGACCACAAACAAUCACAGACUCUCCAAAGGACGACGAAAUCGUCGCAAAUAUUCUUCAAGGUCUUCCAGACCUUUCUUACAUGUUACGAUAA